GCUAYUCCAGAUGGAAAAUAAAACARUACCUCUGUCUCUUCAAACCAAAYAGGAAUAGAGCUACGGGAAAUCCGAAGGAAAACGAAUCCUCACUUACGGCCUUCUUCCGGCUUUGUCGGAACCGUCACCCCAAACAAAUACAAUUCAUGGKUCGGUGCCUUAAUGGAACAAAAUGGUAGGAAAAAAUCACAAUACGAAGCCUUACAAUUACGACGCUGCGGGAGAUUGGAGGAAAAGCAAUGGAGAGAAUCUUUCACAACAACUGUYCUCAUCGGACGAAACCGUUGUUGAUAGCGACAUGAGCAKCGAUAYAGAAAACGAACACACCCUGUUGCUUCCGAGUGGAGGACACAGCAUUGACUUCGACGACGAGGAAAACACCGAUCGGCAACWGGAGCAAAUACAAAAACAACUGAAAUGCCGCGAGCAGAAUCGUUUCUUGAUCUUAGCUCUCAUAGCGCUCACACCAAUGGGAGUAAAGUUUUUCAAGGCCGCRCAAUCCUCGUUUGAGGAAUACUUGAUGCACGACCCAAAGCUUUUGAUGAGUGCAACGACCUACAGCUUGAUGCUCUCGCUGAUGUCGCUGCCUGUUGCGACUCUUGUGGGAGGUGCUAUGCUCGACUACAAUGCCGAGGCACACAGAGACGAACACGACAACAAAACCAAAAGAAAGAACCACACGGGCAAACGAAACCGYCUGAUGGAAUUGAUAUCCUCGAGCCGACACAGCUGCUUGGGAACAUCGCGGACGCCGUCCUAUUCGGCUAUUUGCUUCCUGGUAAUAUCGUUGCUGGGCAUUGYGAUAUACGGAUAYGGUCUCGAGAUGGGGAAAAGCAUCCCGAUGGGGUUGGUGGGUGCGACCGUGUUUGGUCUCGGCGAGGGGUGUGUUGUGGUCGCCUCGCGGACCUUUGUAGCGCAUGCMUUUUACGGAAGCGAUGGAGCCUUUGCACAGGGUGUCUUGGUCGCAAUGAACAACGUAGCCAUGAUGGCCAGCAAAAUAUYGCUGCCGUGGCUGAUCGAAAACGAAAAGAAAAUGCGGGCAAUCGCCACCAACUGCAUCCAURAUGGCAUCAWUCUGGAAUGCUUCGACGACGACGAUUUCGCGUUCSAACACAACCCCAACACAACGACACCAUAUGCAGAAGUGUCGUCCGUCGMUGCCGGUUCCGAAACRAACGAGAACAAUAUUUGGAUWGGAAUCCUGGCAUGCUGUUGUGUGCAACUCGUGUCUGUAGUCGCGGGUAUUUUGUAYGCCUGGUGGUUUGGRCUGGUCCCACCCCCACCAAGCCUUCAAAUCCAUAAACCGGACCAAUCUUCAAACCMACGUUCUCAACCAAAGUCUUUGCAUGGGGGAAAAACAAAUAAUGCCUUGGGGUCUAGUUUGCACUCCCGCGUCAGUGCCUGUUUCGAGACCCUUCCACUGACAUUUUGGAUCGUAGCGAUUGGGCGUGGAAUCUUUGUCGUCGUCUUUAAAGUUUUCACCCGAAAUUCAAAUUCCUUCUUAAUGGUAAGCAACAGCAGAAGCAACUCGUAUUUCGUUGGMACAAAAGCAGUGGCRUGKGACUCUUUAGUCCUGUUCCGAUCAAAAACCAUCUAACAAUAUUUUCGCUGCCGCCAACCCUUUUUGUUGCACAGGAGAAAUUCGGGGUGAGCGCCGUUGCGGCUGGUAGAAAAUCGAGCUUCCACGAAUUGUUUGCCCUCGCGAGUCCUCUCGUAGGGUUUAUMGCGUAYCGCAGUCCCGGUGGAAUCGUGCCGGUGCUUCUCUUCGCCUCCGCCCUGGCAUCCGUAAGCAUAGCCACGCUCGCCUGCAUACCGGCCGACACCAUUCAGCACUACCUUCCMGGUGGUGCGGUAGCCCCCAUGAUCGGAAUCUCGAUAUCCCACGGGAUCUUCAUACCGAUUUGCAUGGCCAUCAUUCCCCAGACUUGUUCCCCGGAACAUCUGGGCAUGGCGUUUGCGGUCGUCGAGGUGUUGGGAUCGGUAUUCAAUCUGACAAAYAUUUUGUUUGGAUGGCUCCGAGAURCCACKGGAAACUACGAGGUCCCGAUGGAACUUCUCUUGCUCUAUACACUGGUUGGAAUGUUUCUGUUGUGGAUSUCCCGGAACGAUAUCAAACUGAAGCAGCCAAACGAAGCAUAAGAGAAGAAAGAGAGAGACCGAUGGUCGUAGGAAAGUUCUUCGACUCGUUUUUGUUUGGCUUUGGACGAGCUUUCGUGGAUACAGUGUUACACCCGACAACACCCACAAACAAUUAUUUUCCAUUCGUCGAUGGAAUCGAGAAAAUGAAGCGAUAGAGCUCAGCUACGCGAAUGGGAGAAUAGGAGAGGCUUCGGAAUGUUUUGCCCUUUGAYCGAACGCUGCGUUAGCAUUCCUACCUCUGUAUAACUAAAAAGAAGUGUACAUU